UCCAGAAGAGAUCGGUUCUAGUCCUCAAAACAAAGUCUCUCCCCCAAGUCUCGCACACUGUUGGUAUUAUUUUUAGCACUUUCACCCGACCCGAGCCACAAGUUGGUCCAGCGAGCAAUAACACAGAAUUAGGUAGAAGCCACCCAGCAGCCUGGGGGAAGGAAGUUGUGUGCUGCUGGAAAGUGGUCAUUACCGCAAAUCAAUUCAGUCCCAUAAAACAAUCCUCUUCCGUUUCAACCACGGAGACGAUAGAUUUUUUCCAAACACAUCCGACAGACUGAGAUGUUGCAAAAGUAGGGAAGCAAAGGAAGAGCAAGAGUUGUAUCGAAAUUGGAGUGGUGGGCGUGCUUAACUCGAACCACAGUAAUUUUUUGUCUUUGGACCAAGUGGACUCUUAUGAGGAUUUAUUAGCUAUUUCACCCCUAUAUUUCUUCCUUUUCUUGUCACACGGCUAAAACCAAAGUUUCCACAAAACUGUCAACCUCCUCAAUUUCUGUUCCAGUAAUAAACGUAGGAAACCCAUAAAACUUGAAAAAUACUUUUAUCUGUACGGGUUAACGUUUUUCUACAUUUCGAUAUUAAAUACUGCACUCUCAAGAUCACCUAUCUACAUACCUACACAUUUUUUUUAAACAUAAAUUUAAUCCAAUUCUGCUUAAAUCUGCUAGAAGAAUUUCAUAUAUGUGACACAUUUUAUUUAUUUUAAUGUAUUUGUAAGGAGUCAGUUGCCGUACAAUCUCAUUGUCAUAAGUUAGCACAAGAGCAUCUUAACAAAAAACUCGUACUUUGCCGACUUGAUUUCUGGGUCGCUGACUGACCAACAAACAACCAACACAUUCAUCACAUCCGUUCAUCUCGAAAAGAACAGAGUCGCAAACUUGGUUGUUUGAACACAUAAAAGUGUGCUGGGCUACAUUUUGUCAUUUGAGGACAAUACAGAGAACAGUUGGGAGCAAAACUUGUCGCAGUUUGCUUUGGAGAGCAGGUGGUCAUUGUGGACAACAAUCUGCAAGAGGCCGACCCCAGAGACUCUCUUUUACAUACGCUGCGCUGCUGCUGGUAGCUUGACGGACGACCCCAAUUCAACCUUUCUCGUGGUUCAACAAGCUCACAUCCGGUUGCAUACUACUUAAUAUCAAGAAAAUUGUUUCCUGUUGAUCAACCCACUUCCAAGAUGAAUACGUCGGAAUUAUAUCCCGACCACCUGUACUUCGAAAGCCCCGAAGCUCAUGCAAACUGCAGCCGUUUGCUGAUAUCGAUGGGUCACAAUGACACCUCCCUGAGUGAAAUAGAGAACCCGUGUCUGUAUCUCUGGAACACGAGAAUGUUGGACACCAUGGGAGUCGGGGGUGUAGAUGGUGCCGAGUUCCACAUGUUCACAACUUGGUGGCCCCAACUCCUUGUCCAAUGUCUGUACGGAAUCGUAUGUCUAAUUGGAUUGGCUGGAAAUACUCUCGUCAUCUACGUUGUGGUUCGGUUUUCCAAAAUGCAGACCGUAACAAAUCUCUACAUUGUUAACCUCGCAAUUGCUGACGAAUGUUUCUUGGUGGGAAUUCCAUUUCUGAUGACCACGGCUACACUUGGCUAUUGGCCAUUUGGAAAUAUAGUUUGCAAGGCUUACUUUACCAGCACGAGUAUCAACCAAAUAACAAGCUCCAUGUUUCUUCUUAUCAUGUCUGCUGAUCGAUAUUUGGCAGUGUGUCAUCCUAUCAGCGCACCCAAAUGGAGAACCCCUCUCAUUGCGAAGACCGUGGCCCUGACCGCUUGGACUCUCUCCGCGCUUUUGAUGGUGCCAAUCUUUAUGUACGCCAACACUCUGGAAAUCGAUAACAAGGUGAACUGUAACAUUUUCUGGCCAGAAUCAGGGUCCCUGAACAUGAGUGGAGAAAUGAUCUUCAUAAUCUACUCAUUUGUGCUCGGAUUCGCAAUUCCUUUGUUUCUCAUAUUAGUAUUCUAUAUUCUCGUGAUUCGUCGACUCCGAUCCGUGGGCCCAAGGAGGCAGUUAAACCAAAGUCCUAACGUGACCAAAACUCAGACGGACAAUCAACAAGCACAGCAACAAAGCACUCGAACCAAGGAAAGGAAAAAAUCGCAUAGAAAAGUUACGAAACUUGUCCUCACGGUUAUUACAGUCUACUUUCUGUGCUGGGCUCCAUAUUGGGGAUCACAGUUAUCACUUAUUUUCAUGGCGCAUGAAUCCAGUCAUUCGGGAACGGUAUUGAUUAUAUUCCUUCUAGCGGGUUGUCUCUCCUACAGUAAUUCGACGAUGAAUCCAAUCCUCUACGGUUUUUUAUCCAGCAAUUUUAAGAAGAGCUUCAAGAAAGCAUGCAGCUGUGCAUCCCGCAAGGAAAUAAAUGCGACUCUGAACCCGGAAAAUUCUGUAUUUCCACGAAGGAAGAGUCAGUCGUCUGGUCACCGGCCGAGAAAGUGCAGUGCACCUCUGACCUCGGCCACUUAUGCGGGGACGACCCUGGAGACGACGACGAUGACGACUCGGAGCAGUAUGCUGCCCUCCCCACAUCACCAACCACUCCCACCCCUCCAACAUCACGUCAUUCCCGACGUGGACGAGUCCUCCUCUGAAAACAACGUGAUGACUGCUGUACUCAUCAACAAUGGCCCAUCGUCGUCAGCCACCCAAAUCGUCCCCCCCACCCCCACAGUCCACAUCACCAUCAAUGAUCACUUUGUCCCCGAUGACAACUUCCGCAUUAGGAGACCAGUGGCUUCUGUCCUCUAUUCGGGAAAUGGCAAGAGUUCCAACACGAUUGGAACAGUUAAUGAAACAUUCGUGCAAGAUAAUGGCGUUGUUGUAACGGUGUUGUAAGAGAGGAUCACAUGAAAGUCAUCCGUGUUAUUAUGCAUACUCUGAGGAUUUUCAGGAGCAUUUUGUUCUACAUGCAUAUGUACGAUGGUAGUUAUUUAAAUUUAUCUACGUGCACGGUGUGCAAAUAAUUGGAUCCGUUGGCAAAUGUCAAACUGGCAACAUGAUUAUUUUGGAGACAUGACUAAAAUGAACAACAAAAAUACCGACGUACAUGAGUAUUGUUCAAAAUUGAAUGCGUCAGCUCCAGCCACAAUCUUGUCUGACUGACAUUUCUCCCAAUAAAAGAAGCCACAUUUCCGCAUAUAUUCCCAGAUUGUAUUGCAUAUUGGGAGAAAUUCAAAUGGAAUAUUUCAUAUGGGUUCUUCGCUUACUGCAUCUAAAUAAGAUAAAUCCCACUCCAUAGUUCAAUGUCAUGUACAUAAUGCAUGCGCGGUCUGAAAGGUAAGAUGAUAUUUUGAUUUACAAACUCGAAUAAUCAGUCAGAAUGAUUUAAGAAUGUAAUUUAUGUAAACAAUUUAACAAAUGUAAAAUGCAGGGCUUAGAUUUUUGUCAACUAUAAAAUAUGUAUGUGUUCUUGACCUUCUUGAUGUAAUUUUCAACCAAUCUGAUUGUAAAAUUGAAGAAAUGAAAGAUAUGAAUGAGUACCAUCCAUAAUUUUCCAAUAGUAUGUAACAUUUAAAAAAAAAUAUAUUAACACCGUCGCAACAUUUGUGACCUGUAAGUUGUGAUUUUCUCGUAUAAUUCAAUAUUUAUCUUUAAUAUUUUAAAAUGCAUUUAUUUUGUUAAUUUCAUGAGAAAAAUAUACUGGGUUCUCGUCAAUCGACGAGUUUACGUGUUCUGCUUGAAUACAUGGGAUUAUUUAUUGUGAAUGGUGAUGAUUUAUUUACAAAAUUAUGAAUAGUUUUAAGCACAAAUGAAUAUUAAACUUCUCUGUAUUCCA